AUGAAAGUCUCCGUUCUUUUCCAAAUCGCACUUGUCAGCUUGGUAUCUGCCACCAGAAAUUGUGAUUCCUCAUCCCUCAACAAGACUGUCGGUACCUACUACGUGAAGGAUGGCGAAUCCAUUGCCCAUAUUUCCCGUAUAACAAAUCGUGGAAUUUGUGACAUCGCUCGUCUGAACCGGAUGGCCGAUGCUAUGCUUCCCCUGACAAUCGAUGAGGAACUGAUUAUCCCACCGGAAGUCUGUCAGCCCGACAAUUCGACAUGCUUGAUUACCCACCACCCCGAGUCAACUGCUCAGGGUGACUUUAGCGAUGUCGACGCUGAGGUUCAGGUCGGCAACUUCCUCAAACUCCCACAGUGCAGUCCUAGUACCUGCUCUUUUCACCCGAAAACAUUCACCUAUGGCACAUUCAAGGAUAUUGCCGAUAAGGUUAACACUACACCUGGUCAGAUCAUGGGAUUGAACCCCACGUACAACCAUACCGACGUUGGUCGAGGGGAGGGAGCUGUUAUGACUCUACCCCAUAGCUGCGAGCUUACUGGAUCCAAGAUCACCGUGAUCUCUUAA